UUUCGUAUCCGUUACGUAACUUUUCUUCUCCGCGGUGAGCUGUGACCCGAAAGAGACUGCGCCGCGGGUACCUUCGUAUUCCCAGGACCCGCGCUCUGGCGUUCGCUGGAAGCGUUUCUCAGUGGCUUUUUCUCCAGUAUUUUUUCCAGCCUCUUUGGAACCCGGGAAAUGAGGAUUUUAAUUUUGGGAUUGGAUGGUGCGGGGAAAACCACAAUUUUGUACAGAUUGCAGGUCGGAGAAGUCGUCACCACUAUUCCUACCAUCGGAUUUAACGUAGAGACGGUGACAUACAAAAACCUGAAAUUCCAGGUGUGGGAUUUGGGAGGACAGACGAGUAUCAGGCCGUACUGGAGAUGCUACUACUCCAACACAGACGCGGUCAUUUAUGUGGUGGACAGCUGUGACCGGGACCGGAUCGGCAUCUCCAAGUCGGAGCUGGUCGCCAUGCUGGAGGAGGAGGAGCUGAGGAAGGCCAUCCUGGUGGUGUUCGCCAACAAGCAGGACAUGGAGCAGGCCAUGACGCCGUCGGAGAUGGCCAGCGCCCUGGGCCUGCCCGCCCUGAAGGACCGCAAGUGGCAGAUAUUCAAGACCUCGGCCACCAAGGGCACCGGCCUGGACGAGGCCAUGGAGUGGCUGGUGGAGACGCUCAAGAGCAGGCAGUAGCCGGGUCGUCUG